AUCAAUUCUAAUACAAACAGAAAGUACUGAUCUUUGUCCGGGUGAUUCGAUCCAAUCUGUACGUAUCAGUAUUUCUCCUUUCAUUUCAUAACAAGCUAGGUCUCUGAUCAGCAUGGAAUCCGGCAAGCAAGGAGGCUCGGAGUCUUCAAGCGAAGAGAACGAUGGAAUAGAUCAGCAAGUCAAAGAUAUUGACAUGAGCAGUACCAAACGCUCUUACGAAUGCUCCUUCUGCAAACGGGGCUUCACCAACGCGCAGGCCUUGGGAGGGCAUAUGAACAUACACCGCAAAGAUCGAGUCAAGGCGCCCAAGCAACACACAACCGGCCCUUCGUUUUCAAAUAAAUCGGACGAAGACAACAUCCCUUCUAUCAUUUCAGUACCGGUUCCAUGCGAUCCAUCAAACUAUAACUUCCCAGCUAAUUUUGAGGCGCAGAAGAACUCUCAAAUGUACUUUCAGCCAUCAGCAUCAGGCUCUAGACACCCACAAGCAGCAACUUCCCGUCAGAGUGAUUUGUCUGAUUCGAGGUCCCAAUCCUGGAGCAUGAACCAGGAACUUUUGAGCGCAAAUUUGAGCCUUCGAAUUGGCCCCAUGCAUGCAGAUCAGGAAGAUAGAAGGAAGAGGGGAGUUAACAAAGCCGAUGAAGUGGACUUGGAGCUUCGACUAGGUCAUGAUCCAUAUUGAAAUUUACUGUUAUUAUCGGUGAAAUAGUUAGCUAGCAAGAUACAUGCAUGUAUAUAUACCAUACACAGCAUAUAUUGUACAG